UCGAAACUAAAAUAGUGAAAAAAAAAGUUGUGUAGACGAUGUACUGUUUCAGAUUCUAGUGCUCGUAUAUAAAAGUUGAAACGGAGCAGCAUUUUCUCGUGUGAAAACCAUAUCUCUAAACCCACAAAAACCAAUCGAUGCCGCCGCAGAACCACCGCCGCCGCCACCGCCGCAAGCGCACGCCUACUCGGUUUAUCAGUAGUGCUGCUCCGCCGCCUCCGCCUCACCAAGAAGUUCAACAAGCUCCACCAGAGCAACCACAAAUUCAAGAAACCCCACCAGCAGUCUUGGAUUCCGACGAUAGCGGCACUGACCCCGAUGAAUACGAUGAAGUCAUUACUGUGUCACUUGAUGAACUUCGCAGCAAUGUACAAUGCCCCAUUUGUUUAGGCAUAUUGAAGAACACAAGGACUGUCAUGGGAUGCUUACACCGCUUUUGCAAAGAAUGCAUAGACAAAUCUAUGAGGCUGGGGAACAUGGAAUGCCCUGCUUGCCGUAUGCACUGUGCAAGCCGUCGCUCUUUGAGAGAUGAUUUAGUCUUCGAUAAACUAAUUAGCUGUGUAUUUCCAGAUUUGGACUUGUAUGAGAAAGAGGAAUUGGUUCUGUAUGAAGAGGAGAAGAAAGUUAAUGAGCAGCUUCAAGCAUCAAUGAACGAAUGCCACCAACGACAAGCAGAAGCUAGCAGGCAGCGUAAGGGUAAGGUUGCAGCAGCAAGAGUGGAUCAAGAGUGUUCUAGGCAGAGUGGCUCGAUGUUAGAGUUUGGUGGUCCGAGCAAUGGAGAUACGAGCGGUCAGAUCUACAAAGAUGAUCAUCAUCGGCCUGCUGUCUCUGCAAUCCCAACUCCUUGCAUAGUUGCUGAUCAAGAAGGUGCAGAGGGCGCCUCGUCUCCAGCAAACACAAACUUGCCCGGCUGGGGUGGAGCCGGCUUCAGAAGCCAGGCUCGACGUGCUGCAACUGGCAAAGGCACGCACAGCAGCAGAGCGGAGAGACUGGCCGAACAUCUAGCAAAUGUGGAGAAGAGUGACAAUCACAAGCAUGUUGUGACUGCACACCUCCAAAGUGACAAACUUAUAUGGCUCAAGGAUUGCAACGAUUCUGCGUUGGCUGAUGUCGAGGUGACUGGCAAGGCUGAGGCGAAGGCGAAGGCGAGGGCGCGGACCAAUGAGAAGCCAAAGGCGCCACAUAUAUCAGGGUCUGUUUUGGAUCACAUAUUGCAGGCGGAGAGAUUGUUGGCUGAAAAGAAAAAUUAAAUGAACUCGUAAGAAACAUUACAACAAAUUUGUAUUACAAUUGCUUGUUUGUCUUUAAUCUUUACAGUGAUACUUACAUACUCGAACAUUUGGGAUUAUUAUUCGAAAUUUAUAAUUCGAUAAAA